ACUGGCAGCACCGACGCUUCAAGAAACAUAGCCCCGCGCCUCUGCGUGGCGCCACGGCGGUCCGUGUGAACGCGUACACGGAAUUUUCGUGUCGUAAGUUCGAGGCAGCGACAACUACGUCGCCGUCCUUCUCGUCCUCGACGUUAUCUUUCCGUCCUCGUCGAUAGAGGAAAAAGCUACACUUUGUAUAGUUAGCUAUGUCCUCUUCACGAGGUAGCGGCCCGGAAUCGGGAGAACUCAGCGAUUCCGAGGACGGUUAUUUGGAUACAGAUCCAUUAAGGUAUGAGCUGAGAAAUAUACAAAAUGUGAUACACGUUACUCGACAAAACAUUGACGCUCUGAACAAUCGUUUUGCUGGAUUUCAACAUCCACCUUCGAUAUAUUUGAAUGAGUAUCAAGAAUUAACUAGCAAGUUGCAUGAUUUAGAAUCUAAGGAACAGAAGCUCAAUGAAUUGUUGAAUGCUGGUCGAGUAUCUGGUAGUGCUUCCACAUCAGAGAGUGAAUCUCGUGAUGCUAAUGCAUCUAUUAGAGGUCAAAGAACGCCAAUGAAAUCUCUGCUCAGGGCAUAUUUACCUAAUCAACAACGUACAAGUGUACAGGUUCGUGAAGGACUUUCAUUAAGAGAUGCACUUGCCAAAGCAAUGAAAUUACGGAAUUUAACUACAGAAAUGUGUGUGGUAUAUAUUUUGGGUGCGGACAACUCCAGAUAUCUUACUUCUUGGGAUACCGACAUCUCAUUGCUUGACUGCGAUGAAAUAUCUGUGGAAAUUUUGGAUAAGUUUCCAAUAACUACUUCCAUUUCUCAUAACUUUGUGCGCAAGACUUUCUUCUCACUAGCAUUUUGUGAAUGUUGUAGAAAACUCCUUUUUCAGGGAUUUUAUUGUAGAACUUGCAAUUAUCGGUUUCAUCAAAGAUGUGCUGGUGGUGUACCUGCUUUAUGCCACCAAGUACGUAUGCAAGAUGCUUAUUAUCAAGCAUUGCUAGCACAUAACCUUGAAAGUACUGCUGGAAUAUUACAACUUCCUUCUGGAUAUGGAUUAAGUAGAAGCAUGUCUCCAUCUCUUGCUCCAUCAAGAAAUCAAAGGCAUCCACGUUCUUUGGGACAACAAGAUCGUUCCAGUUCUGCGCCUAAUGUUUGUUUUAAUAUGGUAAAACCAAGUGGAGAAGCUGCUAAUAUAGACGAAUACACUAGAUCUCAGAGUUUAGGUCGUCCUAUUGGUACUACACAAAGUGCAGUAUCACCUGGUAGCAGCCCAACAAAACAUAGUCAGUCAACACAGGCUAGUCCUACUAGUACCUUAAGGCCAAAAAGACCAAGAGCAAGAUCAGCUGAUGAAUCAUCUAAAAAUCUUUUAGCACCUAGAGAAUCCAUAGAGGAUUGGGAAAUUCCAGCAGAUGAAAUUUUGAUUGGAGCUCGUAUUGGAUCAGGUUCUUUUGGAACAGUAUACAAAGCUCAUUGGCAUGGCCCUGUAGCUGUAAAAACACUCAAUGUUAAAAUACCCACUGCUGCUCAGUUACAAGCAUUUAAAAAUGAAGUUGCAGUUUUACGUAAAACACGGCAUGUAAAUAUUCUUUUGUUUAUGGGAUGUGUUAGCAAACCACAACUAGCAAUUGUUACUCAAUGGUGUGAAGGUUCUUCGUUAUAUAAACAUUUACAUGUAUUUGAGACAAAGUUUGAUUUAUUCACAUUAAUAGAAAUUGGAAGACAAACUGCACAAGGAAUGGAUUAUUUACAUGCAAAAAAUAUCAUUCAUCGAGAUUUAAAGAGUAAUAAUAUAUUUUUGCAUGAUGAUCUCACUGUAAAAAUUGGAGAUUUUGGUUUAGCUACAGCAAAAACUAGGUGGUCUGGUUCUCAACAAUUUCAUCAACCAACUGGAUCCAUUCUUUGGAUGGCACCAGAAGUUAUAAGAAUGCAAGAAGAAAAUCCAUAUAGUUUUCAAUCUGAUGUUUACGCAUUCGGUGUGGUUUUAUUUGAAUUAUUAUCUGGCCAACUACCAUAUUCGCAUAUUAAUAACAAAGAUCAAAUAUUAUUUAUGGUUGGACGUGGAAAUUUACGUCCAGAUUUAAAUAAAUUGCGAUCAGAUACUCCUAAAGCACUGAAGAGACUGACAGAGGAUUGCAUUAAAUUUUCCAGAGAAGAUAGACCAAUAUUUCGUCAAAUUUUAGCUAAUUUAGAAAGUCUUUUACGAGGAUUACCUAAAAUAACCAAAUCGACAUCUGAACCAAACUUAAACAGGACGCAGCUACAAUCAGAUGAUUUUGUAUACACUUGUGCUUCGCCAAAAACUCCAGUGAAUUUCCAGUUCGGAGCAUUUUCCUUUUAUCCUUCCGGUGGGAACAUAUAAAAAUAUCACCCGAAGUAAUGAGUCUGAUGCAAUUUGCAUAAAAUAUUUAAAAAAUUUUAAACGAAAUCGUAAUAAAUUUAGCUAUGAACAAUCUAUGCGAUUCUUUCCAACUACACUUUGACUGUGUUGCAACUGUUCGCUCGAUGUAGAAUGUGAUUAUACAAUACUUAAUGCAAUUAAGAAAAAAGAUAAGGACAGAAAUUCAUCUUAUUAAUUGACGUAUCCGAUGUAUUUCAUGGCAAGAAUGCAUAUGUAGCUUUUACCUUUACAUACUUACUAUCUAUGAGAAGAACUUUUAUUUAACAACUUUGCGUGUAUCAACACAUAUUCGUAAACAUGUGUAUACAUGCAUGAACAAACACGUGUAUGCGUGUCGCGUAGAGGUCUGUUACUUUUGUGGAAUCCUUAUGAAGGAUGUAAAAAUAAAGUAAGUAAUAGAAGUAACGGCAUUUAAAUUCGCGUGGGCCGUCAUUUGUCUGUGAAGUAUUUUUGCAAACGCCGAAGUGAUUUUUGUACCUACUUCCUUCAUGUUUGUCUUCAACAUGCUCACAUAAGAAUUGUUCCUUUUCAUAUCAUUUAUAAUUUAUAGUUUAAUAUUAGAAUGUAUAUAAGUUUCAUUAAAAUUAUCUAAAAUACGCGUAUAUUAUUUUUAAAAGCGAAAUAUAGACUCUUUGAACUCAAAUUAGAUAUUCUGUAGUAAUAGACGUUUUAUAAUAAUUACCUCUUUUUUUGUAGUAAUUGUUUUCGAUACUAAACAUAUUUGACUGAUAUUUUUUUUUAUAUAUUUUUUUCUACGAAGUAAAUUCUUUUGGUCUAAUGAAACCAAAAGGUUGUACUGUAUUAAAAAAUGACGAAUGAAAUUGAAAGUCAAAUAAAAAGAGAUAUAUAUACUUGGCCUUUAAGACUUCAUCGAUAUUAUAAAUUAUAAUGAUAAGUGAUAUGCGAAUCAUUUGUUUUGGCUUGAUUUGAAACAUUAUUAACGAAUCAAGGCCUAAAGAUCAUUUAAAUUCUCAUUGAUGGGUAAAAAGGAGUAACAUCGUAUUGCAACUUAGAUUAAAAAAUGUUAUUGACUAACUUCCAUUUUUUUUUUCCUUAUUUUGUAGUCGACUAUUGUUCCUUGCAUUUUAAUAUUUAUUAAUUUUUAUUAUUUUUUUUUUUUUUUUUUUUUUUUUUAAGUUUUUUUCACUUUAUUUGAAGCUUAUAAUAUAGGAAGAGGCGCGAAUUUCACUUCGAAGUGAUAAAUUCAUAAAGUAUUUAUUACAUAGCAUCAAAGACUUGAGUUCUAUGAGAUGAUUAAAACUUUUGUUAGGAUUAAACGUGUUUCAGAUAAGGGCCCGAUGAACAAUAAAUAUGUUUAUAAAGAAAAUGUAUGCAGAAACUACGAGUAUAAAGAGUAUUCAGCGAAAAAGAUAAAUAAUAGAGGGAACUUUUUGGCUUGUGUGUCGUGUAAUUUAGGGGACGUGCAGUAGUAAAAAAAUUAGUGAAACUUUAUUCGAUGGGCAUCUGAAUCACGCUUACGCGAUCAAUGAUAAACCAUACUGACUACGUAACAUUUUGCAUCAUUGAUUCGCGGGCGUAUCCUAAAAUUUAACAUCGAUGCGGCACUCGUCAAAUCGUGACAUAUUUUCUGAAGCAUAUGAAAAGGCCUAAGAGCAAAUCUUUAAAAUUUCAUUAGUUAGAACGAGUGAUCUUGUUUCUAAAGCACGUGACAACCCGAUUUAUUAUUUAUUUAUUUAUAUAUAAUCUAAGUGUGAUGAACUGCAAUUAAAAAGUAAAAAAUAAAAAAAAUGAAAAAGAGGAAAAAAACUAAAUAAAUAAGUGCCGGAUUAUAAAAUCUUGAGAGUGUAUGAUUGCGAGGAACUGUGAAAAUGCGAAUUGUAGGAGAAGAGAAAACGUGUUCGAAUGUGUGUGUGUAUGUAUGUGUAUGCGAAAAAAAGAGAGAGAAAGAGAGAGUAUGAGUAAAACGAAAAAAUACCAAUGAACACGUUCGCCGGAAUAAAGGAAUGCACUUGUCAUUGUUAAUGACGCUUUCUCGUAACAGGGAAAUAGUGAACUGUGAAACAUAAUUAACAAUGUUACAAAAAUAUUAAAUGGAAAAAAAAAAUGAAAAAAAGGAGGAUGUUAUGUAAGGUGCGGGGGAUGGCUAGCUUUCUAAUAGCUUUCCGAGGUUUUUUAUAGUGCAAUUUUCUAGAUAUGGUAAAAUCUUUGAAAGGAUACGAAUGGAUACUCUGCGAUGUACAAUGGUUACGCUGUAUAAUAUAGAAGUUAAAAACCUA